CGAAAUUUCAGAGCGAAUUUGUCAACUGAUGUAAAUUUAAUAUUGAAAAGGGUUGAUUGGUUCGAUGCGACACCAAAUGUUGUUGUUCUUGACAAAAUUGCUCGAUCAGCAAACGUCAGCAUAACUGGUAUUCAAAUAACGAGUCACGCUUUGCUAGAAAUCAAAAAAUGUGAAUAUUCCGAUUCACCUGGAAUUUGUCCAUUUAGCGAAAUAAAUCGAACAUUCGCUGUAAUAAGUGUUAUACAUAGUGAAAGCCUUUCGGUGCUAAUCAUUGUCGUUGGCUGGAUUUAUUUUUUCGCAUGGAGCAUUUCGUUUUAUCCACAAAUUAUAUUAAAUUUCAAACGAAGAAGUGUUAUCGGUUUGAGUUUCGAUUUUCUCUUUUUGAAUAUUAUCGGUUUCACUUGUUAUUCGCUUUACAACAUUCUUAUGUAUUUUGAUAAAAACAUUCAAGUAAGUGAAAUUUAUCUACAACGCAAUCCUCAUAGUCUCAUACCUGUGCUAUUGAACGAUGUCAUUUUUGCCGUUCAUGCAUUGCUCAUUUGUAUUUUUACUGCUUUCCAAUGCUUCAUUUAUGAGCGCGGCCAACAACGAAUUUCUUAUACUUGUUGGGCACUUUCAAGCAGCCUUAUUGGCUUUGCAUUGGUUUCGUUCUGCCUCACUUUAUUUGACGUGAUUAACGCUUUACAAUUUAUCACAUUUUUAUCUUAUGUGAAAAUGGCCGUUACUUGCUCGAAGUAUUUUCCACAGGCAUUCUUUAAUUUUCGUCGCAAAAGUACCACAGGCUGGUCAAUUGGCAACGUUUUACUCGAUUUUCUUGGCGGAUUUAUGGACAUUUGUCAGAUAAUACUUCAGGGUGCUAAUACAGACGACUGGAGCGUCUUUACUGGUAAUCCUGUUAAAUUUGGGCUUGGAUGCUUCUCAAUGCUUUUCGAUAUAGUAUUCAUUGUGCAACAUUAUAUUCUGUAUCGUCAUAGUGAAGAAAGAAAUCAACCCAUUACUAAUACUGCAACUGGUACCACUGAUUCUGAUGUACCUGAAGUUGAUAUUGUUGGAGGUGAUUCAGAUGUUAUACGUGUAUCAAGUGAUCAUGAAGUGUAG